GAGCAGCGGUGUAAACAUUAGCUCCUGUCGUUCAUAUGUUAGCUGCGUUGUGGCUCAGCUCGUUCACUCUUCGCUACCUCACGGUGUCCUCUUCCUCCUCCUCCUCCUCCUCCUCCUCCUCCUCCUCCUCCUCGGACCUGUCUCUGGGUGCUGAUGGCCGCUGUGGCCCUGAAGCUGUCCGCUCCCUGGCGCUCUGUCAGAUUAAGAAGCUUGGUCAGAUUCUCCCCCGUUCCCAGCCUGAAGUUCCACACCACAGCCUCCCCCAUGAUGGGUGUGACGGUGGAGCAGUUUGAGCAGGCCAAGGGCAAACUGUCGACUCUGAAGAACGACCCGGGCAACGAGGUCAAACUGAAGAUCUACGCUCUCUUCAAACAGGCCACUCAGGGUCCCUGUAACACUCCCAAACCAGGAAUGCUGGACUUUGUCAACAAGGUGAAAUGGGAUGCGUGGAAGUCUCUGGGCUCCAUACCUCAGGAUGAAGCCAGGCAGCAGUACUGCGACCUGGUUGGCUCCCUGGUGGCGGCGGAAGGUGGAAGCUCCGCCCAGGUGGCUGCAGAGGCUGCUGGGAGCUCCACCACGUACCAGACGCUGCUGGUCACCACGGAGGAUGACAUCACCACCAUCAAACUGAACCGACCGGCCAAGAAAAACGCCAUCACCACCGAGAUGUACAAUGAGAUUAUUGCAGCACUGGAGCAGGCAGCUAAAGACGACUCCGUCCUCACAGUGUUUACUGGUGCUGGAGAUUUUUACUGCAGCGGAAACGACCUCACCAACUUCACCAAGAUCCCCGAGGGAGGGGUGGAGGCCAUGGCCAAACAGGGCGGCGAGCUGCUCAGGAAGUACGUGAAGGCCUACAUUGACUUCCCCAAGCCGCUGAUUGCCGUGGUGAACGGACCAGCUGUAGGAGUCUCAGUCACAGUGCUGGGACUGUUCGACCUGGUCUACGCUACAGAGAGGGCCACCUUCCACACUCCGUUCAGUCAGCUGGGUCAGAGCGCUGAAGGCUGCUCCUCCUACACCUUCCCCAAAAUGAUGGGCAACGCCAAGGCCAGUGAGAUGCUGCUAUUCAAUAAGAAGCUGACGGCGGUUCAGGCCUGCGAGCUCGGCCUGGUCACUGAGGUUUUCCCCGACAGCAGCUUCCAGUCGGAGGUUUGGACCCGACUGAAGGCCUACGCCAAGCUGCCUCCCAACUCUCUGGCUCUCUCUAAGCAGCUGAUCCGGUCGAUGGAGAAGGAGCGUCUCCACGCGGUGAACGAUGCGGAGGUGGAGCGUCUGGUGGAGCGCUGGAUGUCAGACGAGUGUUUCAACGCCGUCAUGAGCUUCUUCCAGGCUAAAGCCAAACUCUGAGUGUGCGGUUGCCUUGUUGGGGCCUUUUCUGGUAUGAACAUCGCAGGUCGAAUGGGGACCACAGACGGGUCCCAAUGAGGCAGAACCUCCUGUCUGAGGUCCUGGGUAGGGGUAGCUGGUCCGCUGAUUAUCCACCGCUGUGGCGUUUACGUCCUGCAGCUCGCCGGUGUUUAACGAGUGACUCUGUUAACUGGAGGCUUUAUUAUAUUAUUCAGCUGAAAGUGUUUACAGAGGCAGAGUGGAGCUGAGCAGGUACUGAGAUUAAACUUUCCCUCACAAACUAAUUAGCGAGAACAAUAAUAGGCGGUAAUAUCGCACUGUUGAGCCUCCCUAACUCUCCACAGGUUGAAAUCCCUUCAACAGAUCUACUUUCACGGUUGGCUUUUAUUUUGUAACUGGAACAAAUCUCGUCUUGUGUUCAGUUAUUCCGACCUGCCUUCGUUGUCACCGCAGCCUUCAGUCAUUUUAGAGAAAGUUUGUCCGUCUGUAGACUCGAAUCAUGAUCUAACGUCUGUAACUUAAAGAACUCACUCUGUAUUUGAACUGUUAAAGUGCCUUAAACACUCUGUAACAUCAGGUUGAACCCCGUCCAAUAAAAGUCAGAAUUGGUACUAAUUCA